AUGAGCUUCCGUGACGAUUGGCCUAAGAUGCCAGAUAAUAACGACUUCGACGGCAAGCAGCUGCUCGCUCUAGUCCGCAGCGGCAAGAGCCCCUUCCACGGAGUUUGGGAUGUAAACCUACUCAUUCGAGAGGUUGAGGAGAAUCUCGGCGCCAAAGUGAUUGAUAUCCCGGUCGUAUACAAGGGCUCGAAUAACUACAAUGAGGUUGGGGGUUGCGCACAGGGUUUCCAUAUCAAACUAUCGAAUCGACCGGACAUCGUGGCGCGUUUAGCUCGUGGCGAUAUCAAUAUGCCCAACUAUGACGGCCCCCCAAUUCAAGUGCAAGUUCCCGAGGUCAAGUUCGAGAUAGCAGUAUACAAGCUCCUGCGCUCAGAGCCUAAUAUCUUGGCCUCCCGGCUGCUUUACUACCGUAUCCCAGUGCAGCACGUUAGUCCCAGACUUGAUAUCCCUCAGGAUAUUGCGGGCCGUCGCUUGUUCUUGUUUGAAAAGGCAGAGGGGGAGAAUCAUGUCUGGCAGGAUCUCAGCUCAGAACAGAAGGCCUGUCUUCUUACUCAGACAGCCCAUAUCCGCGCAUCAUUAUUCAACUUCAACCUUCCGCUCGACUUCGCUACUACUUGGCUCCGCGAACGCCUCUUUGAACAGAAACCCAAAUCGCUCCCUAUUCCCAUUGCCCCCACGCGCGAGUUCUGCAUUUCUCUCUUCACGUCUAAGAUUGAAGCAACAAUCGGGAAUAUAGGCGACAUGAUCGGAUGGGAGGAUGACAAUAACACCGUCGGUCCCAUUGCUGCGUCAGCUAAGCAAUCUCUCUUGCGCCUUAUCCCACACAUUAUGCCUGCAGAUAGCGACCGGACCUCUCUCUAUCGUCUCGUUCUCGAGCACGGCGAUUAUGGCAUUCACAACAUGUCGAUUACAAUAGACGCAGACGGUCAACCCGUUGUGACGUCCCUAUAUGACUGGGAGACUGGCUGCAUCGUGCCGGCUAUCUUGUCCGAUCCGUUGAUGGCCGUAUGGGUCGAUCUAGUAACUGAUGAGAAUGCCAACCCUUCAUUUAUUCGAGCACCUGAUGACGCAACUCCGGAUGAUCGCGUGGAGUACAUGAUAUGGGCGAGGCAAUAUUUCACGGCUCUCUUCAAUCAAGCGCCUAAUUACGAACGUGCAAUUCAAGCUGGGAAAGACGCGCGCCACCUUUGGUUUGCGUUGCGAGACUGGCGAGGUGAUGAUCCGGAGGGAUAUUUUGGUGAUCUAGGAGCUUGGGCUGAGAGGAGGAUGAAGGAGCUUGGUGUUGAUUGA